CUAGUCGGUCGGCAGGGCCGGGCGCCGGCUCCCGAAGGCCGAGAGCAGAGGCGGAGGGGUCGGGGCGCGCCUCCGGCUGAGCCCGGGCCGGCGCGGCCGGAGCCACGAUGAAGCUGGUGCGGAAGGACAUCGAGAAGGAUAAUGCCGGGCAGGUGACGCUCAUCCCCGAGGACCCCGAGGAUAUGUGGCACGCCUACAACCUGCUGCAGGUGGGCGACAGCCUGCGCGCCUCCACCAUCCGAAAGGUGCAGACGGAGUCGUCCACGGGCAGCGUGGGCAGCAACCGCAUCCGCACCACGCUCACCCUCUGCGUGGAGACCAUCGACUUCGACUCGCAGGCCUGCCAGCUGCGCGUGAAAGGCACCAACAUCCAGGAGAACGAGUACGUCAAGAUGGGCGCUUAUCACACCAUCGAGCUGGAGCCCAACCGGCAGUUCACGCUGGCCAAGAAGCAGUGGGAUAGCGUGGUGCUGGAGCGGAUCGAGCAAGCCUGCGACCCGGCCUGGAGCGCCGACCUGGCCGCCGUGGUGAUGCAGGAGGGGCUGGCCCACGUCUGCCUCGUCACCCCCAGCAUGACGCUGACCCGGGCCAAGAUCGAGGUGAACAUCCCUCGAAAGCGCCGGGGGAACUGCUCGCAGCACGACCGGGCCCUGGAGAGGUUCUACGAGCAGGUGAUGCAGGCCAUCCAGCGCCACCUUAACUUUGAAGUUGUCAAGUGCGUCCUGGUGGCCAGCCCUGGGUUCGUGAGAGAGCAGUUCUGCGACUACAUGUUCCAGCAAGCUGUCAAGACCGACAACAAGUUGCUGCUGGAGAAUCGCUCCAAAUUCUUACAGGUGCACUCGUCGUCUGGACAUAAAUACGCACUGAAAGAAGCUCUUUGUGACCCAACUGUGACUAGUCGACUUGCUGAUACUAAAGCAGCUGGCGAAGUCAAAGCUUUAGAUGAUUUCUACAAAAUGCUACAACAUGAGCCUGAUCGGGCCUUUUAUGGUCUCAAACAUGUGGAAAAGGCUAAUGAAGCUAUGGCUAUUGAUACCCUGUUGGUCAGCGAUGAACUUUUUAGGCAUCAAGAUGUGGCUACUCGUAGUCGAUAUGUCCGACUCGUAGAUAGCGUGCGUGAGAAUAUGGGCACGGUUCGCAUCUUCUCUAGCCUUCAUGUAUCUGGGGAACAGCUUGGGCAACUGACAGGUGUAGCUGCUAUUCUGCGUUUUCCUGUUGCAGAACUUUCUGACCAGGAAGAUGAAUCUAGUUCUGAAGAUGAUUGAUGAUGGAGAACUGUUUCACCCUUCUUAUCUUAUUGUAUAAUGAGACUGCUUCCUUCAUAAUAUUUGUCCCCAAUAGUAAAUGCCUUACCAAACAAAACAAAACAGAAAAAUAGUGAACACUAUUUUUUAAAAUGACUGGCCAAGUUGUCAUUUUGUGUACUUGAUAUUUAUGCAUUUUUGUUGCUGUGGUGAUAGUGAUAGUAGUUCUCCCCUAGCAAAACUGGGGUGACCUAACUAACUGGCAGACAAUACUGGUGCUUUGUGGAACGUGCAAAAAAAAUAAAUUGAUCAGGAAAGAAGAAUAACUUGCUUAUUUGUGUAUUU